AUGGGCAACCUGGAGAGCGCCGAUGGGGGUCCGGGCGAACCGCCCUCCGUCUCGCUGCUGCCGCCGCCCGGCAAGAUGCCGAUGCCCGAGCCCGUUGAGCUGGAGGAGAGGUUCGCCCUGGUGCUGAGCUCCAUGAACCUGCCCCCUGACAAGGCCCGGCUCCUGCGGCAGUACGACAAUGAGAAGAAGUGGGAUCUGAUCUGUGACCAGGAACGAUUCCAGGUGAAGAACCCCCCACAUACUUAUAUCCAGAAACUCCAGAGCUUCUUGGACCCCAGUGUAACGAGGAAGAAGUUUAGGAGGAGAGUGCAGGAGUCCACCAAAGUACUGAGGGAGCUGGAGAUCUCGCUUCGUACUAACCACAUUGGGUGGGUACGGGAGUUUUUGAAUGAUGAAAACAAAGGCCUGGAUGUGCUGGUGGAUUACCUGUCCUUUGCCCAGUGUUCUGUCAUGUUUGACUUUGAGGGUCUGGAGAGUGGUGACGACGGUGCAUUUGACAAGCUCCGGUCCUGGAGCAGGUCCAUUGAGGACCUGCAGCCUCCCAGCGCCCUGUCAGCCCCCUUCACCAACAGCCUCGCUCGCUCUGCGCGCCAGUCUGUGCUCCGGUACAGCACUCUUCCCGGGCGCAGGGCCCUGAAGAACUCCCGCCUGGUGAGCCAGAAGGAUGAUGUCCACGUCUGCAUCCUUUGUCUCCGAGCCAUCAUGAACUAUCAGUACGGAUUCAACCUGGUCAUGUCCCACCCCCAUGCUGUCAACGAGAUUGCGCUCAGCCUCAACAACAAGAAUCCAAGGACCAAAGCCCUUGUCUUGGAGCUCCUGGCAGCCGUGUGUCUGGUGCGGGGAGGACACGAAAUCAUUCUUGCUGCUUUCGACAACUUCAAAGAGGUAUGCAAGGAGCUGCACCGCUUUGAGAAGCUCAUGGAGUACUUCCGGAACGAGGACAGCAACAUCGACUUCAUGGUGGCCUGCAUGCAGUUUAUCAACAUUGUGGUGCACUCGGUGGAGGAUAUGAACUUCCGGGUCCACCUGCAGUAUGAGUUUACUAAGCUGGGGCUGGAGGAGUUCCUGCAGAAGUCGAGGCACACGGAGAGCGAGAAGCUGCAGGUGCAGAUCCAGGCAUACCUGGAGAACGUGUUUGACGUGGGGGGGUUGUUGGAGGAUGCCGAGACCAAGAACGUGGCCCUGGAGAAGGUGGAGGAGCUGGAGGAGCAUGUGUCGCACCUCACAGAGAAGCUUCUGGACCUAGAGAACGAGAACAUGAUGCGGGUGGCGGAGCUGGAGAAGCAGCUGCUGCAGCGGGAGAAGGAACUUGAGAGCAUCAAGGAGACGUACGAGAACACGAGCCACCAGGUGCACACCCUGCGGCGAAUCAUCAAAGAGAAGGAGGAGGCCUUCCAGCGCCGAUGCCACUUGGAGCCCAACGCCCGGGACUUGGAGUCGGUGGGCAGCGAGGCCCUGGCCCGGGUGGGCCCUGCAGAGCUGAGCGUGGGCAUGCCGCCCUCCGACCUGGACCUCCUGGCGCCAGCCCCGCCCCCUGAGGAGGCCCUCCCUUUGCCUCCUCCACCUGCUCCUCCGUUGCCCCCUCCCCCUCCCCCUCUUCCAGACAAGUGUCCCCCCGCCCCGCCUCUCCCUGGCGCUGCUCCCUCUGUGGUGCUGACAGUGGGCCUGUCAGCCAUUCGCAUCAAGAAGCCUAUCAAGACCAAGUUCCGGCUGCCUGUCUUUAACUGGACAGCGCUGAAACCCAACCAGAUCAGUGGCACUGUCUUCAGCGAACUUGAUGAUGAGAAGAUCUUGGAGGACCUGGACCUGGACAAGUUUGAAGAACUGUUCAAGACGAAAGCCCAGGGCCCUGCCCUUGACCUCAUCUGCUCUAAGAACAAGACAGCACAAAAGGCUGCCAGCAAGGUGACCCUGUUGGAAGCCAAUCGUGCCAAGAACCUGGCCAUCACCCUACGCAAGGCCGGCCGCUCCGCUGAGGAGAUCUGCAGGGCCAUCCACAUGUACGACCUGCAGACACUGCCGGUGGACUUCGUGGAGUGCCUGAUGCGCUUCCUGCCCACAGAGGCCGAAGUGAAGCUGCUGCGGCAGUAUGAACGGGAGCGGCAGCCCCUGGAGGAGCUGGCGGCUGAGGACCGCUUCAUGCUGCUCUUCAGCAAGGUGGAGCGGCUGACCCAGCGAAUGGCGGGCAUGGCCUUCCUGGGCAACUUCCAGGACAACCUGCAGAUGCUCACCCCGCAACUCAAUGCCAUCAUUGCAGCCUCCGCCUCGGUCAAGUCCUCACAGAAGCUGAAGCAGAUGUUGGAGAUCAUACUUGCGCUGGGGAACUACAUGAACAGCAGCAAGCGGGGUGCUGUGUAUGGCUUCAAGCUCCAGAGCCUGGACCUGCUGCUGGACACCAAGUCCACUGACAGGAAGAUGACGUUGCUGCAUUUCAUCGCCUUGACAGUGAAGGAGAAAUACCCAGACCUGGCCAACUUCUGGCACGAGCUGCACUUUGUGGAAAAGGCUGCAGCAGUGUCCCUGGAGAACGUGCUGCUGGAUGUGAAGGAGCUGGGCCGGGGCAUGGAGCUGAUCCGGCGCGAGUGUAGUAUGCAUGACCACAGCGUCCUCCGGAGCUUCCUCAGCACCAACGAAGGCAAACUGGACAAGCUGCAGCGCGAUGCCAAGACGGCGGAGGAGGCCUACAAUGCAGUUGUGCGCUACUUCGGGGAGAGUCCCAAGACCACACCUCCUUCUGUAUUCUUCCCAGUAUUUGUCCGAUUCAUUCGUUCUUACAAGGAAGCAGAACAAGAGAACGAGGCCCGCAAGAAGCAGGAGGAGGUAAUGCGGGAGAAGCAGCUGGCUCAGGAAGCCAAGAAACUGGAUGCCAAGACCCCAUCCCAGCGGAACAAGUGGCAACAGCAGGAGCUAAUUGCCGAGUUGAGGCGGCGCCAGGCCAAGGAGCACAGGCCUGUGUACGAGGGGAAAGAUGGUACCAUUGAGGACAUCAUCACAGGGCUCCACCAGCCCAUUGUCGUUCGCCACCAAGCCAGGAGUGCGGCCCCACCCAGUGGCCCGCCUCGGGCGCCAGGCCCCCACUGA